GUGGUGAUCGCCUGCCACUGCCUGCACCGCCUUCUAUGGCUGCUCUCGCUUCUUCUCGCCAAACCGCUCCGCCCGCCCAGCAGUUGACGCCGCCCAGCAGCUCCCACGGCGGCCGCGGAUCCUGGGACUUUGCUGUUCCCGUCAAUCACUUGCGAGAGUCACUUGACCAAGAGCCCUACUCGGCCGAAUACGGCGCCUACUCCCACACUGCCCACCAGCCCUCGAUCUCGCAGUCCAGUGGCUUUGCAAAGCCCGUACGCUCACCCACGUGGGAAUCGCAGGAUUUGGCCCGUUCACAGCUGGCUCCCGACCGCGUCACCGAAGUGCACAAGAAGAAGAGCGGGGAAAUGAUUGCUACCAACACCGACCAGGACAGCGUGCUGGAGUACUACAAGACGCACACCAACAACAAGAGAGGCCCCGCCAGCAUCCAUGGAAAGCCCAAGAAGAAGUCGGCCAAGGCUGGCCAGUCGGACCCCGAGUACGACGAGAACAACUGGAUACACCGCGACAAGCUCAAGGAAAUUGAGACUCGCGAGCUAGAGGAGGCUGGCUUCAGGGUCGGGCGGACGAGCAGGUCCAACAGCCGCUCGCAGAGCACAUCUCGUCGUGCACGCGACCGCACAAAUUCCGAAUCGACUGAACGCACGCAGAAUGGUGAUGAGCGCUUGGAGCCCAAGAAGCGCAUAUCCACCAUACCGGCUGCCGAUGAGGAUGCAGUGGACAGUGCCCAGGCUGGAAGCCCGGUAUCUCAGGACGACUCUGCAGACUCCCAGCCCGCUUCCAAAGGUAACCACACUGUGAGGCCUAGUACGUCUCGCAUUCCACUGCCCAAGACUAGCGGUAUACCUGUUCCGACUGCAGUGGCAGAGCGUGAUGCGCCGCUUCCUAGAUCCAGGGCAGACAGCACAAACGUCAAUGGGGAUACCAUUGCCACAAUGGGUGCACGUGUACGCAGCGGCAGUGUAGGCAGUCAAGUGCUGCUUGACGACUACGAUGGUUCCGACAGAACCCCGCCGAACGGCAUCCACAGACGCAACACUUCGGCUGAAAGUUCGUCGCCGCCCAAAUCUCCCCAAAAGUCUCCUCAGAAGAAACCAGCGGGCAAGACCAACACAGCAGCAUCACGAAAAACCAGCGUCCAAAAGACGCAGUCCAAGACGCGCACGUCUGGAACUUCACCUCCUAACAAGCGUCCUGGCACCAGUGGCGGCAUGGUAACGCGGCCUACUACUGCCCACCGACCAGAAGGCGAGGCUCCAUGGAUAGCAUCCAUGUACAAGCCAGACCCCCGCCUGCCCCCAGACCAGCAGAUUAUUCCAACCCAUGCGAAGCGAAUGCAGCAAGAACAAUGGGAGAAUGAGGGGCGAGUUGGUUCCAUGUACGACAAGGAUUUCCGGUUGUUGAACGACGAUGACUUGUCAAACAAGCGCCUCUCACAGCUGGCCAACCUCGACCCCAUUGCUAUCGAGAAGGCGCGGGAAGAAGAAACCUGGCCCCUUGCAAGCCCCACAAAGCAGGACUCGUCGCCGCUUGAAAAGGUGGACUCGAACACUCCCAAGUCUCCAACCCAGGAGCAAAGUGCUUACAGGCUAACUCCCACGAUACCUCAGACUGCCGACAAUGCACCUGCGCCCAAGAUGGCCCCUCCUAUCGCACCCGCACCAUCCAGGUCUCCGGUCACACGGGUUCCUGAGCCAAUCGAGGAUGCCAAGGAAAAGAAGGGCUGUGGCUGCAUUUCGGACGGAGAAGACGACACCAAGUCCCAAGUCAGCGCGGCCGCCGAGGUCGAGGUCUCUGCCGAUGCAUCUGGCGGCAAGGGCCAGAUGAGCGUGCUUGAGGCUCUCAAGGGCGUUCUCAAGCUCGCCCUCAUCCACGACGGACUUGCCCGUGGUCUGCGCGAGGCCUCCAAGGCCCUCGACCGCCGUGAGGCGCACAUGUGCGUUCUCAACGAGGCCUGCGAGGAAGAGGCAUACAAAAAGCUCGUUGUUGCCCUGUGCUCGGAGCACAAGAUCCCUCUUAUCAAGGUCCCUGAUGGCAAGCAGCUCGGCGAGUGGGCUGGUCUCUGCCAGAUUGACCGUGAGGGUAACCCCCGCAAAGUCGUCAACUGCUCUUGCGUUGUCGUCAAGGACUGGGGUGAGGAGUCCCAGGAGCGCAGCAUCCUCCUCAACUACUUCCAGACCGAGCAGUAA